GCCACAUCUCGUCAGUGGGUGGUUGACUGUAUCAGCUGCCUUCUCUGUAUACAAGGCCAGCCCAUGAACCUGGGGUCAGCGGAGGAGGAGCUCAGAUGUCUCCGUGAAGAACUAACAGCAGCUCCGGACCCCGAGGCUCUGUUUCAGGCAUCUUCCAAAAUGGCCAGGGUUGUUAGUGAGUACUUUUCCCCAGAACAGGCCACAGACUUUAUUGCGGCCACAGUGGAAGGUAUGCUGUCUGCCAGCCCCACCUGUGCCACGGCAGCUGGACUGUGGAUGAAGGUUAUACUGAAGGAGUGUGGAGAUGCCAUGCUCGAUAAGGUGCCAGCUAUUCUGGAUAUAAUAUAUAGCCACAUGGCUACUAUCCAGGAGGGCAACAUGUGCCAUCUUUGA